AUGGAGACCGAAGAAGUUCCGAUGCCGAAAGUCGCCGUCGUGGUUUUCGUCGUCAAGGAAAAUUCAGUGUUGUUAGGUCUUCGCCGCUCUUCAAUCGGCCACUCCACCUUCGCUCUUCCCGGCGGCCAUCUCGAAUUCGGUGAGAGUUUCGAAGGAUGUGCGGCGAGAGAAGUGAUGGAGGAAACGGGGCUAGAGAUAGAGAAGAUGACGCUAUUGACUGUCACUAACAACGUCUUCAAGGAAGCACCAAAGCCAUCGCACUACGUCACUGUAUUCAUGCGUGCGACGCUGGUGGAUCCGAAUCAGUCGCCGAGGAAUAUGGAGCCGGAGAAGUGCGAUGGUUGGGAUUGGUUCGAUUGGCGGAAUCUUCCGACGCCUUUGUUCUGGCCGCUUGAGAAAAUGGUGAGAAGUGGAUUCAAUCCUUUCUCCGGCGAUGGCGACGGCGAAAUCUGA